CUGUGAUGUCAUCCCUGUGAUGUCAUCCCUGUGGUGUCAUCCCUGUGAUGUCAUCCCUGUGAUGUCAUCAGGCUGUUCGUGGAGAAGCUUCCGGCUCACAGAGACUACCAGCAGAGCAGCGUGGCCGACAAGCAGCUCAUCAUGAAGAAACUUCAGGAAGUGGCGUUUCCUCGUAGAGACGAGCUGAAGAAACGUCUGGAGGAGAAAUACAGCAAGGAGCAUGGAGACUACCUCAGAGACCAGAGCGAAGCGGCGGCAGCAGGGGUGUGUGGCCUGCAGCUGCAGCGGCUCUCCUUAUUGGGCGAGGAGGACAGGAGGCGGGGCCUGCUGCUGGAGGAGGAGCGGCAGCGUGUCGCCGCCCUGCGCCGCCUGCAGAUCCAAUCACAGCAGUUCCAGUACUUCGAGGACCAGCUGAGACGCCAGGAACUGGCCAAUCAGAGAGCAGGGGGGGCGGGGCCACAGGUGACAUCACUCCUCCUGCUGUUAAUGAUCUGCUUUGAUGUUUUGGAGAAAGAAAUGAG